AUGGAAGAUGACGAUUUCAUCAUAAAAGAUAAAAAAGUAAAUUAUGAAACGUGUAGCACAGAAACGAUCGCUUCCUAUAUUUCUAUAAACGAAAAGUGUCAACUGAUAGAAAAGGAAAUAAAUGAAGAUGAAAGUGAUAAUCCUUAUUUGAUAUUCAAUAAAAUAUCAUCCAGUUUAAUAGCUAUGUUACAAGGAGUAGAAGUUUUGUGUAAUCUUUCUAUUAUAUAUCUGUUGAAAGAUAAUUAUCAUUUACACCCAGCUUCACUUAGUAUCGUUAUGAGCUUUAUAAAAAUUCCAUGGUCAGUUAAAUUAAUAUGGGCUGUGAUAUCAGAUAAUUAUCCAAUAUUUGGAUAUAGAAGAAAAUAUUAUUUAUUAUUAGGAUCAUUUCUAUGUAUAUUAUCAUUAAUAUGUCUAGGUUUAAUUACUCAUAAUAAUUUAAUUAUAACAAUAUUUUUAUUGUUUAUAUAUUUUUUUGGAAGUUCUCUUUGUAAUGUAAUAGGAGAAGCUCAAGUAGUUGAAUCAAACAGAAACUGUUCUAUAAAUGGCUCUGCUAAAAAUGUGUCUCUUUUUUUUGCCUUUAGAAAAUUAAGCUUUGCUAUUAUGUCUUAUUUAUCAGGAUAUUUAUUAUUACAUAUGAGUAAGAAGCACAUAUUUUUAAUUGGAUCAUUUUUACCCUUAUGUGUAUUUACUUCAGCAUUUUUUAUAUAUGAAAAAAGAAAUUAUAAAAAAUCAUCUAUCAAACAACAAAUUAAAUGUAUUUAUGAUAUCAUAAAAAUAUCAUAUAUUAAAAAUUUUAUUAUAUUUAUAUUUAUAAUGAUGUCUACACCAUCAUGUGGAAAUACACUCUUUUUUUAUAUUACUAACGAAUUAAAAUUUAGUCCAAAUUUAUUAGGAAAAAUGGCUAUGUUCCAAUCAUUAGCUAGUUUCAUAUCUAUUAUAUCAUAUAUGCUUUUUUUUACUAAAAUAAAUAUCAGAAAAUUAUUAUUAUACUCUACAAUUAUUAUUACUCCUUUUUGUUUAUUACCAUUAAUAGUUAUCAAGAAAUUAAAUAAUUUUUUAUUUAUAGAAAAUUCUUUAUUUUUUAUUACAGAUACUGUACUUAUCGAAUUUAUAGCAGAAUUUCAAACAAUGCCUAUUCUAGUAUUAUGUUCAACAUUAAUACCUGAAGGUUUUGAAUCGACAAUAUAUUCUUUAUUAUUAUCAUCUAAUAAUUUUGCAUCUAUAAUUAGUUCCUUCCUUUCAUCUAUAUUGACAUAUUCAUUGAAUAUCACAUCAACAAAUUUUAAUAAUUUACCUUAUAUGAUAAUUAUAUGUUGCCUUACAAAUCUAAUCCCAAUUUUCUUCUUAUAUAUUUUACCAGAUCCUUCAGAACAAAAAAAUAAUUUACAACAUUAUAAUUCACUUACUCAAAAAAAUUAUUCAUAUCCAUCCACUGAUUAUUUAUCAUCUCAAAAAUCAGAUUCCUCUGAAAUAACUAAAUUUUCUGCAGACAUGUUAAUUGAUGACAUAGCCGUGGAAUGA